AGGCUUGUGAACUCAAAGGGAAACUGAAGACUCAAACAGACGGUACAUACACAACGUAUUUGAAGAAAAUUGUCUCCGAAAGGAGACCCCUGGGCAGGCGCAGUGAAGAAGACAACCAAAAACAAAAACAGGUAGGUGGAGCUGGCGGUCUGGAUGUGGUCGUCAUGGUGAAGGAUGUUUCGGAAAGUCAAGAAGCGGCACAGCAGCAGCAGCUCUCAGAGCAGCGAGAUCAGCACCAAGAGCAAGUCUGUGGACUCCAGUCUGGGAGGACUCUCCAGAUCCAGCACCGUCGCCAGCCUCGAUACAGAUUCGGCAAAGAGCUCGGGCAACAGCACAUCUGAGACGUGUGCUGAGUUUCGGGUCAAGUAUGUGGGAUCCAUUGAGAACCUGGAGUUUGAGAUGAGCAAGACCCUCCAGGAACCUCUGGACCUCAUUAACUUUAUUGAUGCUGCUCAGCAAGACGGAAAACUGCCUUUCGUUCCUGGAGACGAGGAGAUGGUCCUGGUGGUGUCCAAGUAUGGGGUCAAAGUGGCCUCCCUUGACCAAUGUGACGUGCUGCAUCGACACCCUCUCUACUUGAUAGUGCGCAUGCUGUGCUACGACGACGGCCUGGGAGCGGGGAAGAACCUCUUAGCGUUGAAAACCACCGACUCCAAACAAGAGGAGUGCAGCAUCUGGGUGUACCAGUGCAGCAGCUCAGAGCAGGCCCAGUCCAUCUGCAAGGUGCUGUCGGCUUCUUUUGACUGCGCUCUCUCCUCAGACAAGUCCUGAGGUCAGAGCAAAAGAUUCCAGCUGAGAUCGGUCAAGCGGGGAGGGGAAACGGCUGGAGGUUAGGCCAUCAGCUGAGAUACGAAGGCAUACGUUUGCCUUUUUGUUUACAGCCAACGUGUGGAAAAUCCACCAGCCUUUAUGUCUCCCAUCAUCCUCCAGCAGAGAUGGACUCACUGUGGUCUAAAUCAUAAUUAUUUUCCUUUUUUACUAAGUUCUGAGCUUUCAAGGACAAAAGUCCAUGUCUGAAAAGAGGCAAACGGUUUCAUUCUGAAAUGGCGGGGCACAGCUUUAUCAGGGUAGAAUUUAAGCUUAUUUAAUGUAAAUCUUGGUACUAAAUGGGUCAUAAUGUCGUAGCUCCUUUCCUGCUGGUCUGUCAGUCCGUACGAAUCGGUUAUUUGGAAAAGUUCAUCAGCAGAAGGAACGACGCGGUACACACUGACUGAUGCUUCGUUUGUCCAAAACACCACUCAAAUCCAAUUUUCCAGAUUUCAAGCUCCUGUCUCUCUCCCCCCCCCCAGUGCGUUUUACGCUGUUAACAGUGUCGGUACAAUAAGCGUCAUUUUCUGACUGGAGGGAAUGUUUCAAACUGGCUGUUACAUGUAUUUAGUCUCCUUUUCCAUUCGUUUAUUUGAACAUAAAAGUCAAAGAAUUUGUAGGUACUAAGACCGAUCGAAUUGCAGAUUUGCUUACAUCCCACAGUCUGAAUCGCUCAAUCAUAUGAAAAAUUUACAGGGCAAAAAAAAUGUUGUUUACAGUUGUGCUUCUUACUUGACUUCAUGGUGUACUUUAAUGAUUUAAAAGCCACUCUUACUGUCUUUUCACUUCAGUUGGAUGAAAGUGGGGCAAUAAGGAAAUAAAAUGGUUUGAUCUGGAA